AUGGCUGACGUGGAGAAGAUGUUCCACCAAGUCAAAGUCCCACCUCACCAUGUGAACUUCCUGCGCUUCCUUUGGCAAAAUGCAUUCUACAGGAGUUAUGCAAGCAGAACGUUGGAUGGGAUGAGGAGUUGCCAGAGACCCACGCCCAAGCCUGGAAGCAAUGGUGGCAAGAACUUCCAAAAAGAGGAACUGGAUCAGUUGACUGCUGGCUACAUUUCAGGCACCAUGAGCUGUAUUCACACGGUGCAGGAGUUCUGCGACAGACACUCAAAAUGGCUCCUACAGAGAGAGACAGAACUGGAGAUGAUGCGAGACAUCAGGGACAGAGCGGAGAAGAUCAACCUCACAACUGACCACUACAAAAAAUCAAAAACCAAGAUGAAGGCCUUCGGGGAGUUUAUGUGGAGCAAGAUGACCCAGGUAACCGCUGGGAAAAGGGCCCAGGAGCUGGAGAAGGAGCUGGGAUGCCUGCUCCAAGACACCUUGAAGGGGCUUGAGAAGCUGACCCUGUUCCUGGAGGCUGUGGAGAUGCUGGCGGUCACGUCGCUCUCCGUCUUCGAGGAGGAGAAUCCGGUGUGCCAGCUCCCCGAGGGGGUGAGCGCUGAUGACGUUCGUUCAGUCAUCACCGCCGCCAGGCGAGCCUGUCCGCUUUUGAUCCAUUUCAAGAGAGACAACAGCGAAUUCUUUCUUCCCAGCCUGGUGAACGUGGACCUGCUGGCUUUCCAGCUGGACAAAUACUUGAGGGUUUCCCAGGAGUUGUGUGAGAAGCUCCAGAAAAGGACAAAGAAAGCCCCAUGCCCCAAUUUGACCAACGAAGCCAUUCAGAACAUGUAUGAACAUUUGACUCAUCUGAGGAGCAUCAGAUUAGACCGGCACUUCAGGAUGACCUACCUGUUCAGGGGAUCAGCCCAGCGGUUCAUCGGCCUGUUCAGCCUGCGCUGCUCCAGGAUGCAGCAGUUCCUGGUGGCUCUGGAGGAAGGAGCAGUGCAGCUGGACAGGAUGAAGAUGGGGGCCGGCAUCUCCAGCGUGGCGGGCAGCAGUGUAGGCUUUGUGGGAGGCAUUGUGUCCAUCGUGGGCCUGGCUCUGGUCCCUGUCACAGCGGGGGCAUCGCUGGCCCUCACGAUGGUCGGCGUUGGGCUGGGGGUCACCAGUGGCGUGAACAGCUUAGCUACAGGUAUCACCGAAUUAUCGGUCAACACUCACCAUGGGAAGAAGAUCAAUGAAAUCUUCCAGAGCUACUUUGAAGACGUGGAGACUAUGCUGGAGUGUCUGGAGCAAGCGGCCAGUUACAUUAUACCCAACACGAUGCCAGAUGGGCUGGAUUUUGCGACAGGUGUUGGGAAUGUCAUCAUGGGCGUGGACCUCUUCUUCAUCUGCAAGGACAGCAUCAGCCUGGCCAAUGGGGGCAAGAGCGAUGUGUCAAAGGUCAUCCGCCGGAAGGCCAGUCUGUGGAAGACCGAGCUGGAUGCAUGGGAGAAGAUCCAUCUCUCUCUGUGCAUUGGGAUAUGGAGGUUCAGGAGGAGUGAGGAGGUCCUACAGAGGCCAUUUUACCAGAGACGCCUGGAAGGUGGCAACUUGUAG